AUGAAUAAGCAAAACAUCAGCUCAGUGACUGAAUUUCUCUUGCUGGGGAAUAUCGUUCUUGAAAAACAUCCAGCUUUACUUUUCCUGAUUUGUUCUAUUUUGUAUAGUGCAAUCCUAGUCUUCAACAUCACUAUCAUAACAGUUAUACUGGUUGACCGGACUCUACACAGCCCUAUGUACUUGCUACUCUUUGCACUCUCUGUCUCAGAAACGUCUUUUACUUUUGUUACCAUCCCUAAGCUCCUAGCAAUUCUGCUAACAGGGCAACACUCAAUUUCCUUUACUGGAUGUGCUAUGCAAAUGUUUUGGUUCUUUGCCUUUGCAGUAAACAACUGUUUCCUGCUAGUUGCUAUGGCUUAUGAUCGAUAUGUGGCGAUAUGUUACCCACUUCAAUACCAGGUACUGAUGAGCAAAAGGACAUGUGCCAAACUGGUAGCUGCAUCAUCUGUGACAGGAUUUCUCAUAUCACUGAGCUCUGAUUGCCUUAUCUUCAGGUUACCCUUCUGUGGACCCAAUAAAGUGAAACAUUUCUUCUGUGACAUCUCACCUGUUUUGAGACUAGCAUGUAUGGACAGCCACCUGACUAGUAUUGUGAUUACUAUUUUGUCUGCCAUGGUUUUGUUGGGCACAGUCAUACUGAUCAUUAUCUCAUAUAUCUGUAUACUCUCUACUAUCCUAAAAAUCCACUCUAGUGCAGGGAGGCAGAAAGCCUUUUCUACAUGUGCCUCUCACCUUACUGUGGUGGUAAUGCACUUUGGGGGUGCUAUAUUUGUGUAUUUGAGGCCCAAGCCCUCUCUAGAUCAAGAUACAUUGAUUUCUGUGAGUUAUGUCUUUCUAACCCCUCUGUUCAACCCCCUGAUUUAUAGUUUAAGAAACAAUGAGGUUAAAUUAGCCAUUAAGAAACUACUAAGAAACUCAUUGCAUUCCCAGAAAGUCUGA